ACGGGAGAACCAGACACUCUGUCGCGCGGCCUGGGAUGAGCGCGGGACGGCGGCGGCGGUGGUACGCGCGAGAGCUGUGCCGGGGCCACGUAGCGGGGCUGAGGACGCACCGGCGCAGGUUCCUCCGCUGAGCCCGCAAACAAACAACAACAAAUAACAACAACCUCGCGCAUUUUGGACUAAACAAACCAGCGGCGCUUCAUAAAUGCACGUCCGCGAAUGUGGAGGGAGCGAGAGAAGUGUGCGUGCAGACCCGAAUCUGUGCAACUGUGAUUGCACGAGCGCAGGAGGGAGGUCGCUCCCGGCGGAGGUAAUGGACUCUAAAUGGCUCUUCAAGCAAGACACAAAGGUCCUUAUAGCCGUUCCAUGUCUGGCAUUCAGCUUGUCUUUACCUGCUCUGCAAUUUGAAGACACUGGUACCAAGCAGAGCUGCAGUCUUCACAGACACUGAAUCUGGACCCGGUCUACAUCUCGCAUAACUGGAGAGGAAUUUAACUUCAAAUGUUUGGCAUCAAAGACACUGAGGCUUUGAUUUUUCUGUCAGAUUUUUUUUAAGCGUACAAAACAAAACUUGGAACAGAUUGUAUGUCUUUCCAACAGCGUUCCCUACCUUGGACAGCAUGGAUGCUCUCUUUGAAUCAGGUUGACUGUCUCUCACCUCAUCCCCUCCUUCCUGUCUCCUUAGCAGAAGGAAGGUGGGGGAUUGGUGCGGCGUCCCCUGCCUCUCCUUAUAGAAUACGCUAGUCUAACAAGGCACCAUAGCAGUAAUUUUUCCAAUUUCUAUCCCUCUUCAUGAAAUCCUGCCAGAGCCUCAAGGAAGAGGUUUCCGUCCCUAGCCUUGGCGGGAUGUCACAGGAGGAGGGACGCAGGGCGCAAGUGUCCCAGUCCUAUUUUCACUCCCCUAACCCAGAUCUGGACCUGACGGGCAAGCUGUACAAGAGGGAGGUUGGUGGCAAGCCUUAUUCUGUGUUAGUGGACAAUAAAAUGGCGGCCAAGUCAUCCAUGGGAGAUCAGAACAUUGGUCAGUUGCCCACACAACAUGUGACCCCUCAGCAGCAUCAGCAGUAUUUCAGAGAGGGAGGAGCAGUGCAGGAGGCAGAGAUGCAGGCUGGCAACAACGGCACGUCUGAUGACACUGAAGAUGACGACGACGAUGAGGAAGAAGAGGGGGAGGAUGAGGACGGUGAAGAGGAGAGCUUUAAACGUGAGCAGAUCAUUGUUGAGGUUAACUUGAACAACCAGACUCUUCAUGUUUCCAAGGGUGACAACAAAGCUGGAACCACACCAGAUAACUCUGAGAGAGCUGGCAGUGACGAUGAUGACGAUGAGGAGGAGGAAGACGAGGAGGAGGACGAGGAAAGCCCUGAUGAAGAAGAGGAGGACGAGGAGGAGGAUGAGAUAGAAAGCCGAAGAACAAGGUCAAAGAGGGCCCGUCGGGGUGCCAGUAGCUCAGCAGCUCCCAGCAAGCCACAGAGGAAAAGCCUCAGAACAGCUCUGAGCACCGCCACUGGUGGAAUGACCACCAGGGGGCGUCGGAAGCGCAUGGAGCCUCCGAAGGGCAUGCGCAGGUCAGCCAGGUCAGCCCCAUCGUCUGCAGGUUCCACAACCACAACAACCGGAGGGAAAGCAGAGGUGGAGGAGAAGGAGAUGCUGGCGUGUGAAAAGUGCCCUCGUGUGUUCAACACGCGCUGGUACUUGGAGAAGCACAUGAACGUCACGCACAGGCGAAUGCAGAUUUGUGACAAGUGUGGCAAAAAGUUUGUCCUGGAGAGUGAGCUGGCCUUACAUCAGCAGACUGACUGCGAGAAGAACAUCCAGUGCGUCUCCUGCAACAAGUCUUUUAAGAAGCUGUGGUCACUGCAUGAGCACAUUAAGAUUGUCCAUGGUUAUGCAGAGAAGAAGUUCUCAUGUGAAAUCUGUGAGAAGAAGUUCUACACUAUGGCUCAUGUCCGUAAGCACAUGGUUGCUCACACUAAGGACAUGCCCUUCACCUGUGAGACAUGUGGGAAAUCGUUUAAACGCAGCAUGUCCUUAAAAGUUCACUCUCUCCAGCAUUCUGGAGAGAAACCCUUCCGUUGUGAGAACUGUGACGAGCGGUUCCAGUACAAGUACCAGCUGCGCUCCCACAUGAGCAUUCACAUCGGACACAAGCAGUUCAUGUGCCAGUGGUGUGGCAAGGACUUUAACAUGAAACAGUAUUUUGAUGAGCACAUGAAAACACACACAGGAGAGAAGCCUUUCAUUUGUGAGAUCUGUGGAAAGAGCUUCACCAGUCGACCCAACAUGAAGCGUCACCGCCGCACCCACACAGGGGAGAAGCCCUAUCCCUGCGAGGUGUGCGGCCAGCGCUUCCGCUUCUCCAACAUGCUAAAAGCACACAAAGAGAAGUGUUUCCGGGUCACCAGCCCUGUGGUUCUGCAGACCAGCGGCCCGCCCUUGCCUGUCCGCAUCUUCACCAACACCUUCUCCUCCUCUUCCUCCACCUCUGGCCCUGGCCCUGGCCCAUCAGCUGCCAGCUCGGCUACCCCCUCAGCUCCGCUGGGCCUCAGCCCGACGGGAGGGCCCAUGCCUCUGCGAGGCCCUGUGGGACACACAUUCUCCCAUGUGCAGCUUCACUCAACCCCUUCUCACCAUCACCCCCCAACAACCCAGCAACAUCUCUCAAACACACCCCAACACGCCCCACCUCACCCCCACCACCACCUGGCCGUGCCCCCAGUCUCUCACCUUCCCCCACCCCCUGCCCUAUUCAAGAGUGAGCCCCUAAACCACUGUGGGCAUGAAGACAGCAGCUACCUGCACCACAUGGCUCAUCCAGACAAGGGUCCUGGGGCCCCACAGCACCACUGAACUGUGCUCCGGCACUGCGGGGCCACACCAAACCGCGCGUUGUUUCUCUUGUUUCAUAGUCCUGCCUCAGCCCCUCUGAUGCAAGGCUCCUAAUUUAAGGGUAUUCCUCUCAAAAAGAGUUAAAUAAGUUAAGCUAAACAUACACACGUGAAAGAUCCAGACUUAUACAUCCUCAGUUCACGCAUUAUAUAAGUAUGACCCCUACUUAAAAACCCUGGUCAACUGAUACGAUUUUACAACCUUUUUUUUUCUUGGAACAUUUUCUAAGGAAAUCUAACGAUUCCUGUACGAGUUCUCUACUUGUACAUUGAUGAGUGUAAAGUAUCUCCCGUUCAACAUAAGCUGCUGAUGGAAGUCAACAUAUUAAUUACCUGGGCUUCUUAAGUCUUCAAGAAUCAGUGUCAUUGAGCUCUCAUCUUAAUGUUAAUGACUUAUGGUUGCACAUUGGCUUUCUGUGCAGGUCUGCCCCACAGCAAUACUCAACCUGUCCUCCGAGUUGUACUGCAGAGGCUCGGGCAUCACAUAUAUGUUAAAUGAAUGUUGUAACUGGUUCUACCUGAGUCCUUCUCUGCCCUAAGUCGGAGGCUGAGGCUUUCUGUCCUUGGGCCACUGAAGUCGUGCGAGAUGCAGUAAGGGGGUGUUUGUAAAGGACAUUGAAAAAAAUGUUUUGUAAAUGCUCGGUUGAAUCUUGACAUAGUCUAAGAUUCAUAUUAUGGAUAAAUGGUGCUUUCCAUUCCAGUACAUGAAAUAUUUCUUAAUUUUUCUCUUUCCAUUUGAUUUUCAGAAGUGUAAUAUUACACAUAGUCAUGUAUCGUGUGAUAUAGGUCAUGUCUUGCCAGCCUGGCUUUUCUUCAACGGAUUUGAGGUUUGAACUAUUUUGUGAACAAGAAACUCAGUUUAUGCAGAACUUGCUCUCGGCACACGCAGCCUCACACUUACUCAAGCACACGCAAAAGACAUGAGGCCACAUGGCCACUGAUUUACCUACUGUGAUCAGUGCAACCUCAGUCUUCAGUACUGCUGGUCAACAGAUGCUUUUAGAUAACAGAUGACUGUCAAAUACUGCCACUGUGAGGGGCCAGACAUGCGGCCCCAUCAGGAUCUACCCCACCUCCCUUCGCUGCUGACGAAAUGAUACGGGUUACCAUGUUAAAGGUCGUUGGACACACACACACACACAGUAUACACAACUGGGACCUUUCUCAUCAUCGGUCUUAACAGACAAUUAUGCAUAUUCCUCUCAGCCUGUUUUCCACGGUUUGGUGUAGGGAGUUGUAAUGUAAAGGUUUAUUUUUCACUUUUCAUCAUACUGACAUUCUUUGAGCCACACAGGCAAAGGUGUCGAAACCUGUUGAAUGUUGCCUACGCAGAAUGAUGGCUGAUGAGUCAUUUGUGUAUUUUUAUUUUUUUUAAUGUUCUCUGAUAAUUUUCUCAGUUUUGAUCUUAUGGAGGGUUCUGUAGUGUAGAUAUACUGUCGUUAGCACAUGAUAGGAAACGUCAGGAUAAAAGGCAGUGGUUGUACAACCUUAAAUACUUGGAAUUCUUGUAUAGAUAAGCAUACAUGUGAACAAGUCAGUGCAAGAAAUUACAUUUAUCAAUGUAACAGCCAAUGGUGUGAAUGUUAUUUGUUAAAUAGAAGCUGGUUGGCGAGUAUUUAGGUUGCUUGUUUGCACCCGGCCUGGUGGUAUGUUGAGGAGGAAGAUUGCGGAGAGCGAGUGCUUAGGUAUGCAUGUGUUAUUCUCGACCAGCCUGUUUGUCUGUCUGGUUGUCCCCAGUGCUCCCGUACCAAAAGCUGCUUUUACACUGUGUGCCCCAAUGUAUUCGUAUUUGGGGAUACGUGAGAUGGACAAUAGCAGUGAAUUCAACAUCUUUCUGCCACUCUAACAGAAUUCAGCAUGAAGUGGUUAAGCUCAGUAGUUUAGGAUGUCCCUUUUUUUUUUCUUUUUUUUUUUUUGAGACCUGCAAUUAUCCUGCCAUUUCUGUGGGUCUUAAUACCGCUGCAUUAAUUGCUUAUCAUCCUUUCCCUCUUGGUUUCACUGCAGUGCUUCAGCAUUUUGCAGUAUGAAUCUUUUGUCUUAUUUUUUUUUUGGAGCCUUUUCAUUAGUGUGUAUUCUCUGCACUUUACUGCUGCGUGGGUGAGGCGCAGGGAAGGGAGGGACUGACAAUGCAUUGUGGAAAAGAGUGCAGUUGUGGCUGCAUGGGAAAGGGUGGAGGUGAUUACUUCGAGUGGAUGUUUUUAGGCAAGGAAAGGAGGAGAAUCCUCGGGUGGAGUCGGUUAGUGCGGAAGGGACCAUCGCAAACACAGGACAUUUCUUUUAGUAUGCGCUUACAUUCAAUUUCUUAUUUAAAAAACACACAAAAAAAAAAACAUUUUACUCCAGUAUGGACAUUCACUCAAAGUAAAAGCAAUGGUCAUCCUGCUUUGGCAACUUUACACUAGCCCCUCCGAGCUACACCUGAAAUACAUUCUACUUUUACGUCUGUUCAUGGAGCCUCUCUGUCACGUCCUGCUACGUCUUCAGUUUGACGAACGAUUCUCCUCCUCCUUUCUUUGUUAUAUAGAAUGCACUUUCUACUAAAAUUCUUGGCUAGUUAAGAAAAAAAAUAACAUUGUAUAUUCUUUAAAGAUGUUUUUAAAAAAUCAAUAUACUUUUUCCCCUUUGUAUUUUUAACCACUUAAUGUAGCAUUGCGUAUUUUAUUAUUGUAUCUGGUACAAAAUGUGCAGCUUUAUAAUGUCCUGAUUUGUCUUUUUUGUAUGUUACCUGGAGAUUGAGGAGAAGUGGAAAAAGUUGGGCCUUUUUUGAUAAUAUACAUUUAACUGACUGCUAACUUUGAGAAGUAAAAACGAGUAGCCAUGAUUAUCA